UGAAUAUUGAAGAGCAUACAUUGGGGAAAAUUCGAAAGGCAGGGUUUUUGUUCUCUUAACAUGUCUGCGGAAUCAGAUACUGUAGAACGCCUCAAUAGUUAUGUUAAGCUUAAUGUCGGUGGGUGCUUGUUCUAUACCACUAUUGGAACACUUUUACGCGGUGGCACAAUGCUUACUGCAAUGUUUAGUGGUCGGAUGGAAGUUAAAACUGAUGAUGACGGGUGGGUACUUAUUGACCGUAGUGGCAAACAUUUUGGGACGAUCUUGAACUAUAUUCGAGAUGGUUCAGCCCCUCUUCCAGAAAAUAGGAAAGAGUUAGAAGAACUAGCUAUGGAAGCCAAAUAUUUCUGCGUUAAAGGUUUAUGUUUAGCAUGUGAAGAGGCGCUUGGUCGCUUGACAAAUUACGACGACCUUCAAAAUCGUGCAACCAUUAUUAUCGUCAAAUGUCCUAAUGCAGCAAAAUCCUUGCUUUCUACUACCCGUAAGCCUGUUGUUAAACUUACAAUGAACCGGUAUAAUAAUGUAUUUUCAUACACAAGUAAUUCACACGACAAUCUCUUGCGCAAUAUUGAAUGUCUGGAGAAAUAUGCUCUUAUGUUUCCUGCUACUGUGUUAUUCGUGAAGGAUGUUCGUGAUAAAAGUGAGCAGAAUGAAAUUUGUGAAUGGAGCUAUUACUGUCGGGGUCAUCGUUUGAGAAGUAUAGACUGUAUAGCUAUUCAUUACUCAUCAGAAAAGCGUCUUAUAAAGGUAGAAUUCCCAGAAUCACGUAUUCAUGAAGAAAUGCUCUCACUACUUUCAGUCGCAAGUCGAAAUUUAAGUGAUGCGGAACUUCUGGAAAUUGCCAUGCGGAAAGCGAAUUGUGUUUCAGGUUCAGCUAGUGGUGCGUUAGUCAGUUACUCUGUUUCCGGGACUACUGGCAACUCGCAACAUGAAACAGAAGAUCAAGAUUUAGAUCAAUCCUCCACCAAUACCACAACGACAGGAAGCCUUUUGAGCACUUCAAUACCACCUGCACGACCAGCUACGGCAACUGGUCUUCUAGACAACCAUGGGAAUCCACUUAGUGCUGGGAGUUCUCGGGGUUCGUUCGGAGCAUCAGUUCGCCUUGGGAGGCGCUAAUAUUUGCUCAUUAUCUACUCCUUUUGAAUUGUAAAGCGCCAAAAAAUGACUGCAGAUGACAAUCAACAAUAUAUAUCAUUUUUAUUUUAUCGCUGUGUGCGAGAAAACCAUUGGCUUACCUACCUACUUCAUUACAACUUUGUUUACUGCGUUUAUGUACACACUUCUAGGUAAUCGAAUAAACCGGAAUUCCCGGUAAAGUGCAAUACAUGAAUGAGAAAUAUUCAGUAACCAGUGCAUAAUUUAUAUGACAAAAUACAUCAGGAAUCAAAAUGUGAUAUUGUUUUUUCUUCUUAUUUAUGAUUUGUUCAAAAACGAAACCCAAAGCUGGAAAACUUUCUUUCAUUAAAGAUAAAUACAUCAAAUUGGGACACCUUAUGUUAUAUUUUGUAGAUGUUUUGCCUUCUUUAUUCUGUUAAAGUUAUACAUCUAUCCGAUUUUCCUAUAAAUUACUCGAGUGAACUGUGCCAACACGUAAGGUGCAGGUUAUACUUCAAUGAAGUUACAAUGUAUUGAGCAUUUUAGCAGAAAACUACAAGAUCUUUACCCAACAAAUGAUAAAUUGUAAUUACCAAAAAUAAAAUUUUUUCUCAGAAAAA